AUGGAGUUCCUCCUGCCAGCCACACUCAUCCUGCUCCUCCUCUGCCCCCCGGGCACAGGGGUGCAUGAUUACACCUCUGUCCUCUCUGUGCUCCAUGGAGGCCACUGGGGUAAGUGGGGCAGACGGCAGUUUUGCCAUCAUGGCUAUGCCAAUGGAUUCACGCUGAAGGUGGAGCCUGACCAGUUUGGAAGUGAUGACACGGCUCUGAAUGGCAUACGCUUGCACUGUCAGAAUGACUCAAUAACCAUCGAGUCCUUGGUGGGAGAGUGGGGUUCCUGGACCAGCUUCCAAGUUUGCCCUGGAGGCUACCUGAUCUCCUUUUCACUGAGAAGUCCCAAAGAGCAGGUGACAGGUGGUGACACAGCAGCCAACAACAUCCAGUUCAGAUGCUCAGAUGUGCUGGUAGGUGAUGGACUGUCGUGGGGCAGCUUUGGCCCGUGGACCAACAGCUGCAAGAUAUGUGGUCUCCAGACCAAGGUAGAGCCCCCACAGGGACUCCAGGGUGACACAGCACUCGACGAUGUGAAGUUCUUCUGAUGCAAAUGA